GGGGCGUGUCCCCCGAUGACGCGUCACAGAUCACAACCAAAACAGUUGUUGGCAAGACAACUUGUAGCUAGGUAGCUAGCUCCAUCACAACAAACAGCUCAUUUCACAACGUUUUUACUUUUUAAUACUAGAGAGGUGAACCAGCAGCUACGCAGUUUCCGUCCUGGUCUGUUGGGGUCUGAGCGUCAGGAUUGGGAAGCAGACUGAAGGGCCGGCUGCCGGCGGUGCAGCGAGCCUGGUGGACAGAAUGUCAGAAAGCCCGGAGAAAAGCGCCUCGGUGUCGGCUCAGGAGCUGAAGGAACAGGGCAACCGCCUCUUCCUGAGCCGAAAGUACCUGGAAGCUGCUGCCUGCUACAGCAGAGCCAUAACCCACAGUCCGUCCGUCCCAGCGUACUACACCAACAGAGCGCUGUGCUACGUGAAGCUGCAGCAGUACGACAAAGCUCUGGCCGACUGCAGACACGCUCUGGAGCUCGACGGCCAGUCGGUCAAAGCUCACUUCUUCAUGGGUCAGUGUCACCUGGAGAUGGAGAGCUACGACGAAGCCAUCGGCAACCUGCAGAAAGCGUAUAACCUGGCUAAAGAGCAGCGUCUGAACUUUGGCGACGACAUCCCCAGCGCUCUGCGGAUCGCCAAGAAGAAACGUUGGAACAACAUGGAGGAGAGGAGGAUCAACCAGGAGAGCGAGCUGCACGCCUACCUCACCAAACUCAUCUUCACUGAGAAGAAGAGAGAGCUGGACGGCUGCAGACACAAACAAGAAGACAAGUCAGACGGCAGAAUUCAGCACCAUCCAAACGACGUCCACACUAAACAUGUAGGUCUUCUAUUGUGAUCAUCUUUGUUCGUAAAACACAGGAGACAACCGAGUGAAGUCAAAGCUUCAUGUGUUAAAGCUGCAUU